UUAAAUUUCCUUUCCCUUGUUUUUUUAAUACUUUAACCUUUUUUUUGAUAUUCACCUUAGGACUUGUAUAGGUAAAAUUAAAAGGGGAGGUGUAGUGGUAGAAGGAAGAAGUGCCCCUGAACGUUGACAGUAUUAACUAAUUAAUUUUUUGUUAAAAGUUUUGGGAAGUGGACCAUGGGGGGUAAACAACACUAGGAUCCUUUUUUGCUUUCUUUUUUGUCUUUUCUGAAAAUUUUUCAAAAAAAAAUUUUUUUUUCAAAAAAUUCUUGAAAGAAAAAAAACACUUGAGUGACGUUCAAACGCUUUUUUUUGCAUAAGCAGCAAUUUUAGCAAUAAAAAUAUAUUCUCUGAAAAAGCUAGGUAGUAGUAGGUAUCUAUUUAUUUACACACACAAACCAUUCUUUUCUCUUUCUCUCUUCGUUUAUCUAUCAAAAAAAGAAUUUUUUUAGUUUAUUGACUAGUUUUGUUCAAUAAUUUAUUUUUUAAUUUUUAUUUGGCUUUCCAAAAGAUCGAAAACCUUUAAAUUAAUUUUUUUAAUUUUUUUAAUUUUUAGGAUAAUUAAUUAAUUUAUUAUCCUUAUUUAAAUAAAUUAUUUUAUUUAUUUCUUCGGGAGACAUCUUUAUUGACAACAAAUUUAAAAAGGUUUGGAAGUUUUUUGGAGGUUUCAGACGUCGCGAUUUUUUCUUUAAAAAUUUAGUCCCUACUUCCUUCCUCUUGUUUACUUCCCCCCAAAUUUUUUUUUGAAAUUCCUCAAAGGACCACCUUCCCUAUAAAUUGUCGAGAGGGGAAGAUGUUGCGUCACUCAGAUAUUUUUUACUUGUUGACCUUAUUAAAACGUGUUAAACAGACUUUAUUCUUGUUUACUUCCCACAUUUCAGUCAAAACUCCUCAUAGGAAACAAACACCUUCCCAUAAAAUUGUGGAGGGAGAGGAGGGGGUGAGGUUGCGUCACAAGAGGCUACUUUUCCUGUUUUUGACACAGAAAAGGAUGGACUAUCCAACAGAACAACAACUUCCAGUUCAAGUUCGCGAUAUCGUCAAGAAAUUUCGUGUUCCAGUUGACCGCUUGAAAGUAAUUUCUGAUGAUAUGGUUGCUGCAAUGAAGAGAGGCUUGGAAAGUGGAAGUGGACGUCUGUCGUCGAUUGCAAUGCUUCCGUCUUUUGUGCCAGCUUUGCCUGAUGGGACUGAGAUUGGCAAUUAUUGUGCUAUUGACUUAAGCGGCAAAAAUUGUCGUAUUCUUUUGGUUGUUUUUGAAGGACCAGGGCAUGAGCCUGUUAAAGACAUUCAAAAUUUUGUUGUGCCUAAACAAGUUAUGUCUGGAACUGGGGAGCAGCUUUUUAAUUUUAUUAUCAAUUCGCUGAAAAAGGUUUUGCGCGAUGCCAAAGUUGAAGAUCAAACAUUUCACAUUGGCUUCGUUUUCUCAUUUCCUUGCGAAUUAACCUCUAUUCGUGAAGCUCGUCUCCUUUGGUGGACAAAAGGUUAUAAUAUCCCAGACUGUUUGCAAAAGGAUAUGGUUACUCUUUUGGAUGAUGCUUUGGAGUUGAGUAUGACUGUUAAGGGCAGAGUCAAAGCCAUUAUGAAUGACACUGUUGGACAGCUUGCAGCAUCACAUGCAAAAUAUGGAGAUGAAUGUAUUGCUGCUUGUGUUAUUGGAUAUGGCUGCAAUUCUGCAUAUUUGGAGGAUGUUAAGAAUAUUAAAAAGUUUGAUCCGGAGGAGUUCAACUACAGACAUGAGAAAAUGGUUGUAGUGACUGAAUGGGAGGAAUUUGGACGUCGAAAAGAAAUGGACGACAUUAUGACCGAAUUUGAUCGCGAAGUUGACGCAGCUUCUGUCCAUGUUGGCAAACAAGUUAUUGACAAAUUGACUGGUGCUCUUUAUUUGGGCGAAUUAAUUCGAAGAAUUCUGCUUAAACUCACCAAAGACAAAAUUCUUUUUUGUGGUGAGAAAGUUGAAGCAUUGGAGAAAGUUGAUGGAUUUCCAGCUAAAUAUAUUAGUGAAAUAUUUAGUGAACCUGGAGAAAUGCGUAAAAAUUGCCGUAAAAUUUGCGAUGAAAUGGAAGUUCAGAACCACGGUAGUAUUGACUAUUUUAUUAUGCAAGAAGUUUGUAUUGCCGCGUCUGAACGUUCUGCUGGCGUUGUUGCUGCAGCCAUUUCUGCAUUACUUCGACAUAUUGGACGCAGGAAGAUUAAAAUUGGUCUUGGUGGUGCAAUUAUUCAAUUCCACCCGCAAUACCAAGAGAUGUUGGAAAAUUAUUUGCGGUCUAUGGCACCGAUUAAUAUUGAUUGGGAACUCUGUAUUGUUGAGGAGGGCAGUGUUCUUGGUGCGGCCUUAGUUGCUGCAAUUGCCGUCAAUAUGAAUCUUAAAUAA